GAUAAGCUAUUUUCAGUUGCGCACACUUAGAAUCUUAUUUUCUGCGGUGUGAACCACUCAUUCUUCAAGAAGAUAAAAUCACGCAAUUAAAGAAAGAUCACUAAAUCAGUACAAACUUGCUUUGUAAUAAAUUAAAUUGAAUAUAUUAGAACUCAGGAGAUAUCUCUUCGAAUACUCUCAUCUAUACACCUAAAUUAAACUAUACAGUUCAACUUCCAGACGUAUCAGAUAUGCAACGUUUGUCGAAUUCCAUCCCUCAACAUUUAAAGACGAUGUUCAAAGAUCCUAUGACUUUUCUGAAACCUCUGUCUAUAGGAUGUAUUCGUAAGUAUCCUGGUGACGAAUUGGGACGUGGUGCAGGCAAGGGUGGUGGUACUGGUGGUUCUAUUCGUGAUGCUGGUGGGGCAUUUGGAAAACUCGAAGCACGUAAUGAAGAAGAAUACUUCUAUAAAUUACAACAACAUCAAUUACAUGAAUUGAAAAAACAUUUAGAAGAUGAACAUGAACGUGAAGUGAAAGAGAUCAAACGACUUGAAGAAUCACUCAAAAAACGAAAAAAAUUACUGGCUGAUCUUGAAAAAAAGCGUUAAUUGCCAAUAGGAAUCAAGUCGAACGCGAUCCUUUUCAUCAGCUUGUUUUAGUCUGCAGUUCAAAGUAGAAUGAUAUAUUGUUUCUCUGUCUCUCUCUCUAUGUGUGUGUGUGUGUGUGAAUGUGUAGAUUUUCACAUAUCCAACAGAUUUCUGUACUAGUCAGUUGAAUGAUGAUAAAUUUUUAAAUAGUCACUAAUAAUUUUGCUGCUUAUUCUGUCACUCUCGUUGACUUAGUGUGUUCGAUCAGUUCGAUGUAAUACUGGCAUUAAUUUUUUUAUUGAGAAAAAGAUAGAAGAAGGACAUGAGUAUGCGCUAUGCGAUUCGAAAAAAACAAACAUUACCAAAAUUGUGAUGCAAAAGAUUGACAGCUGAAGUUUUUUGCAUAAUUUUCAAUGAUUUUUUAUAAUCUACCUCACAAUAAUAAAUGCGUAAAUAAUAACGAAAUUAACUCAGG